GACUGAAUGGCGAAUCGGAACUCUUGGGGCCCAAUAUUGGCCGAGGCAUGAGAAAAGGAGGAUAGGCUCACGAACGGGUAUAUAAGGAGUUGAGAUGGCCGCAACGAAGGAACAAGCAGCCAGCACUUUCUCUCUACGUUUCCAGCUUGCCUUCAAUCUCGCAGCAAUCAAAUUCUCAACAUGAAGUCUUUCACCAUUAUUGCAGCCCUCGCCUUGGCCUUCGCCUCCUCAGCUGCGGCACAAGCACAGUGUGCCUCCGUGGCCGCCAACAUCCCAGCCUGCGGUCAAACCUGCCUCCUCUCCGCCGGCUCCGCCAUCGGCUGCGGCGCAGACAACUUCAAAUGCCAGUGCGUGAGCAGCGCGCAGCUCCAAGCCUCCGCCCAGGCCUGCGUCAUCAGCGGUUGCGGCAUCGCGAGCGCACUGAGCGUGCAAGCCUCCGCCAGCGCCGUGUGCGCCUGCGUCGCAACCGCCACGCCAGCCGCCUCGUCCGCAGCUGUCACGCCCACCGCGUCGCCCGCCCAAUCGGCGCCCUCGACACUGAUCACGGCGACCUCCGCGCCCGCCCCUCCGGCUGGGGGCUAUUGCUGAUUUGAUAACGACGGGUAGAUUUGGUGUGUUGUGUGAAUAAGAUUUUUACGAGUGGGGAGUGAGUAGGGG